GAGAGAACUGGAGAGAACUCGACCACGUGAAACUAAAAAUCGUAAACAGUCGGCGGCUUACUGUUGCUAUCAAGCACAAGAGCGUUUUAUACGUUUUAUAUUUGAAGAUAUAAAUUUUAACGCAAGACGGCCAUGGUUGAUGAGCAAGAGCAUUCAGGAAGCGAUUCCGAGGACAAUUUGGACACUGAAGAGGAUAAUGGAGACCAGGAAGAGACGGAUGACUCAGACGAAGAAAAAUCCCUGCCGAAAAAGCGGCCCUUGCCUGCCAACGUCACAGAAGCUGGUGAGAGCAAGAAAAGGAAGCUGAAAAAGGAGCUGUUCAAGCCCCCAACUGCUGAUGAAAUGACCCAUUUGAGACAAACAGAAAAUUUGUUUCACUCAAAUCUAUUUCGCCUGGAGAUUGAUGAGAUGAUGAAGGAAAUCCAAGUGAAGGAAAAAGUAGAAAAAAGGUUUCAAAGCUGGUUUUCUCAAUUGCAAGUGUUCUUGGACAAUCUGAAGAAUUCAAAAGAGUUUCCCAUCUCGGACUUGAAGUGGUUGAAGGGAUUCAAUGUGACUCUGCCCAUCAAGCUGGACCCGUCCAAGUUUUCUGGCAGCUUUUGUUUCGUGAAGCCAACUGAUCUUUCGGUUGUCGGUUCUUUUGCCGCAAAAUGUUGCUUGGGGCCAAACUUGGAAAUUGACGUCAGGGUGGAGAUGCCAAAGGUUGUCUUUUUGAGAUCAGACUUUCAAAACCAGAAGUAUAUAUUGAAGAGAGCGUUGUAUGUGUGUUACAUUUGCUCAAAGCUGCAAAAAAGUGAGCUGGCAGACGAAGUGGAGUUUUCUCUGUUAGAAGGAGACCCUUGGAAGCCCAUUUUGGUGAUUAAGAAUGGAGAAAAGUUAGGAAAACGCGUACAAGUUCGACUUCUGUUCGUUCCUGAAGCGGAAUGCUUCAAAUUGACCCAACUCGCGCCUGAAAAGGUCAACAUCAAGACCAAAUGGGCCACUGGAAAGGAACCAGAAGAUGGUCUUGAGCUUCCGAGCACGUAUUACAACCGCAGCGUGGCCGUGGACGUUGCUCUGACGGAGAACGAGCAGUGGCGCUUGGAAAAGAUGCAAGAGCAGAAGAGCUUGUCAGAGGGCAUCAUGCUGCUGAAGGUUUGGCUGCGGCAGCGCGGACUUGAUCAAGGCUAUGGAGCCUUUUCUGGCUACAUCAUGAGCAUGUACGUGGCGUACUUGCUGAAGGGAAAGAAGCUCAACAACGCGAUGAGUAGCUAUCAGGUCAUCCGCAACACCUGGAACCAACUGUCCCGAGAGGAUUGGACUCAGAAGGGAUGCACCCUGUGCCCUAAGGAGAUUGGACCACAAGCCUCAGACUUUCAUUUAUUUUUUGAUGUUGUAUUCAUGGAUGUUACUGGCUAUGUCAAUAUUUGUGGGAACAUGAGCAGCGAAAUCUUUCAGCAGGUGAGACGGGAGAGCGCUUUGGCCAUCAAAUACCUGGAUGAUCAUGGCAUCAACAGUUUUUCUGCGCUCUUCAUGACUAAUUUGCCGUUUUACAGGCAGUUUGACCACAUUGUGAGUUUUGACGCUGCAUCAGUGCGUAAAGCAGAGCAGCAGCUAGACAUCCCUGCGCGUUUGGACGCCAGUGGUCCGUGGUUCACGCAUCUUGGCAUUGUUGGCGUACUUCGACAGGCAUUGGACGCGCGCGUCCAUUUGAUGUGUCCGCAACUGGAAGCAGUAGGCACAUGGUCGCCGGUCGACGGGCCUCCGAACCCGUCGGAGCGGCCAUUCGUGCUCGGCCUGGCGCUCAACCCUGAGCACGCGCUCGCCCUGCUGACUAAGGGGCCGGCGGCCAACCUGCCUGAGGCCAAGAUCUUCCGUAACUUCUGGGGUGAGCGGUCCGAGCUGCGCCGCUUCCAGGACGGCAGCGUGUGCGAGGCCGUCGUCUGGGCUAGCGCUGGAGGCAUUGCCAAACGCCGACUCGUCUGCAGGGAGAUCGUCUCCUAUGCCGCCCAGAAGCACCUUGGCGUCGACAACCUCUUGUACAUCGCUGACCAGCUGGAAUCUGUGUUGCCGCUUGGUCUUGGUGAAGAUGGUGCUUUGGCAGUUGCAAAGGCUUGCGACGCUCUCGGCCGUCAACUGAUGCAGCUAGAAGGGCUCCCUUUGGACAUUUCCUCGGUCCAGGGUGCUGCACCUUCUCUGCGAUACUCAGACCCCUUUCCGCCUGCCCCUUAUAUGGCUUUCAAAAGUAAAGAUGCCUUCGACACUGUUGCGAUGAAGACCAGCGAAUGCAAAAAUAAAUUCAUCAGUCCCAUUCCAGUCGUGUUGAACUUGGCCCUGAGCAACAAGUGGCCGGAAGAUUUGGAAGCCGUGCGCCGCAUCAAAGCCGCAUUCUACAUCAAAAUCGGCGAAUGCCUAAAGCAGCAGCUGAACAUCAUUUCUCAGCCGUUCCCUACGCACAUCAAUGUGCUCAAGGAUGGGUUCAUUUUCACGCUCAAAAUGUACCACGCAAGAGAAGUGUCUCUUCUGAAGGAAACCACUACGCCACAAGGCUUGAUCCGUUACAGGGACACAGAAGAAUCGCUCUCUCUGGAAAUGCAGUAUGUGCACCUGCCAAAGCUGACCUCCGCACUCCACGGGUUGCACAUGAGCCACCCGUGCAUGGGUCCGGCAAGCUGCCUUGCAAAGCGCUGGGUUUCAUCGCAUCUGUUGCUCGACGAUACCUUGAUGCCUGAGUUAUGCGUCGAACUGCUGAUGGCCCACCUCUUCCUCUCGCCAGCGCCAUAUCAGCCGCCGAUCCAGCCACAGACAGCGUUUGUCAGGUUCCUUCAGCUGCUCGCGAGAGCCCCGUGGACGUCAGAACCAAUUAUUCUCAACUUCAGAGAGGAAAUCACAAGGCAAGAAAUAAUUGAGAUCGAAAAUAAAUUUAACAGUGAGAGGAGCACUCUGCCGCCAUUGUUUGUCGUCACUCCAGAAGCUCGUUCUGGCACUGUGUUGACGAAACACGCGCCCAGCAGUCAAGUCCUCUACCGACUCACUCAACUGGCCAAAGCCUCGCUGCAAACGCUGGACAAAGAACUCUUGACUAAUGAAAACUUUGACUACAAGCUCAUUUUCCGCACGCCAAUGAAUAUUUUUGACGUUGUGAUUAGCCUGCACAACCAGCUGACCAGAAAGGACGAGUCUUUGGACGCAACUCACGUGGACAGGCCAAAAACAAUACCUGAUCAGGCUAACAGAAUUCCAGUUGUUGGGCUUGAUUACGUCCAGUGCUUCUUGAAAGAUUUGAGGGAAUCUUACUCGGACUACGCUUUGUUCUUCUGUGAUCAACACGGAGGCUGCCAGAUUGGAGUCUUGUUCAAGCCUAAUGUUUUGAAGCGCCAGGAGUUUGCGGUCUCUCACACGAAUGGACACAUUCCAAAGCCGCCAAAACAGAUGGAGUUUAGCCAGGAUUUAUUUAUCGAAGAUGUCAAAAUCUUGGGCGAAGGAAUAGUUAAAUCCAUCACGAUUAAGGACUAAAGUGGAUGUAUUUGAG